AUGAGGAAAAUCGCAGUGCUGCCUGGAGAAGAGGAUGAGAUGACUUGGAAGAGCGACUGUUUGCUGAACCCCAACCCUAGUCUAUCGUUGCACCUUUCACGGUCAAAUCCGUCAUCCCUAUUCCCCCCUCCCUCUCCUCUUCAAAGUAAACCUUGUAUCAUCUUCAUCAAUAUGAACUUUUUUUGUGACCCUGCAACCGUUCCUUCCGUAAACACACUGGUCUCAAAAAGCAUCUCGUUGCACACCACUGGCAUUUCAAGGGCCCGGAAGUCCCUCGCUCAACAUUCUGCUAUCACAGCAAGCUUGAUGCAAGGCCCUGCAACAGUGGCAGCAAUUUUGUGCCACAUAAUGCAUUCCCUGAACCUCCAGAUCAUGAAUCUGUUGACUGGACACCCUUCCCUGACCGACCAAUGUUUGAAUGCACAAGCCUCCUAUUUGAGAAGAUGCAUGCGUCUAUCGGCAGCAUCAACGAACUCUUCAACAUUUUCAUGGCUAAGAAUGUGCUGGAUAAUGCUGGAGUUUGUCAGUCCUCAUGAGCAGAGGUUUUCGAACCUAAUAUCUGGUCGAUGGGCCUGGAAGAAAUCAGAUGUGAUUGCAGAAGAUCUGGGAACCCACGGUGCGAUGCUGGUGCCCAUUAUACUCGGUACAGACAAAACGACAGUAUCCGUCGGCACGGGCAACACAGAAUUUCACCCGCUCUAUAUCUCAGUUGGGAAUCUAGACAACUCUGCGCGGUGUGCUCACGGAUGUGGCUUGAUUCCUUUAUCAUUUUUGUCAAUCCCCAAGACUUGUCGACAAUUCACAGAAGAUAAUGAAUACCGCCUUUUUCGCAAGCAGCUCUACCAUGCAUUGAUUGCACACAUACUCAGCCCAUUGCGGGAUGGAAUGACAAGCCCAGUUGUCUUGCGCUGCUCAGAUGGGCACUUUUGGCAUGCAAUCUAUGAAAUUGGGUCAUUCAUUGCCGACUAUCCCGAGCCAGUUGUGUUGGCUGGAAUUGUGCAAGGAUGGUGUCCGUGGGGCGCUUUUGAUGAUGCCGGAGACCCACGCUUUCAUGCACAUACCCAUCAGCUCCGAGAGACUUUUGAUUCUGAAACCCUAUGGUACACUUAUGGCGCUGUUGAGAAUGUCAUCAUGAAUUUUUUCCCUCAUGCCGAUAUCUAUGAACUGAUCACUCCGAAUUUACUUCAUCAACUCAUCAAAGGAACUUUCAAAGAUCAUCUCAUGACGUGGAUCCAGGACUACUUCGAGUUGACACAUGGAUUGACAGAGGCAAAGAAGAUCCUCGACAAUAUUGAUCGCAGGAUUGCCGUAGUCCCUGCCUUCCCUGGCCUUCAACAAUUCCCUGAAGGAUGCAAUUUCAAACAAUGGACUGGCGACAAUUCGAAGGCGCUCAUGAAGGUCUUUCUUCCUGCAAUUGUCAGAUAUGUGCCUGAUGCCAUGGUUCAAUCAGUCGCGGCAUUUCUUGACUUCUGUUACCAUGCACGGCAUUCCACGUACACAACAACCACCCUCAAUGCUAUGGACCAUGCGCUUACCCGGUUUCAUCACUACUGUGUCAUAUUUCAGGAGUCUGGCAUCCAGCCGGAUGGGUUUUUCCCCCCGUGUCAGCAUUCACUCGUACAUUAUGUUAUAAGGAUCAAACAGUAUGGCUCCCCUAAUGGACUUUCAUCCUCAAUCACCGAGUCAAAACAUAUUGAAGCCGUCAAGAAACCGUGGCGCCGGACAAAUAAGCAUAUGCCCCUCGGCCAGAUCCUCUGUAUCAACACCCAAAAUAGUCAGCUAGCAGCGGCACGAACAGAAUUCAUAUGCUGUGGGAUGCUUGAUGGAGAUGUACUUUCAGAUGCUUAUCGAGAAGCUGGUUUGCGCGCCGAAGAAGAUAUUGAAGAUGCCGAAGAUGCAAGAUACAGUGAUUUACGAGAUGCAGAGGAUGUCGAUGGGCCACAUACCCAGUCGAUGGUAAAACUUGCUUUGAAAUCAAAUGAUAUCUCUGCAGAUGACUUGCCUCGCUUUAAGGGACAAUUGUCGAUAUACCAUUCUGCCACCAUCACUUUCUAUUGCCCCACGGAGCUCGCAGGCAUUGGGGGUAUGCGCCGCGAGACAGUUCGGAGCACACCACGAUGGUAUGGGAAAGACAAGCGCCGCGACACCGUUCUUGUCCAGGUUGGCCCUGAAGUUGAUCUCAUGCGGGGUAUCCUUGUUGCGUGUGUGCUCCACUUCGUUUCAUUCAUUCAGCAGGAUGUGCAAUAUCCAUGUGCUAUAGUGAAUUGGUUUGUACCGAAGGACAACGAACCAGAUCAACUGACUGGGAUGUGGAUUGUGAAGCCAGAGAAGUUGAAUAGACAAAGAAGUAUUGGCAUUGUCCAUGUUGACACUAUCUUCCGUGCUUGCCAGCUGAUCGGGGUGUAUGGCACGACACCCAUUCCUCUUGACUUUCAUUUUUCUUACUCGUUAGACACAUUCAAAGAAUUCUAUGUAAACUCCUAUGUAGAUUACCAUGCACAUGAGUCUAGUAUAAUAUAG